AUGGCAGACGUGUUGGCAUCCCUUGUCGACUUUUCGCAACAUUCUCUCUGGAUAUCCUUGCUCUCAAUCACAUUUAAUCCCACAGCAUGGAACAUUGUUGCACGAAAUGAAUUUAAGAACAAGACGAUCACACGUUUGUUUGGAGGGAAUGCGAAGAAUGGCUGCUAUUUUCUAGCAGUUCUCAUUUUCUCGUUCGGCAUGCUUCGCGAUUCGCUUUUCGAACGCGCGCUUCGUGACCAGCCCAAACAGGCCAUCCUACCUGCGCCAUAUGACACGUUCAUCCCCGCCGUCCUGUUCGGCGUGGGCCAGACAUUCGUAGUCACCUCAACUUGGUCCCUGGGCAUCACUGGGACGUUUCUCGGCGACUAUUUUGGUAUACUGAUGGACCACAGGGUGGAGGGAUUCCCAUUCAAUGUGCUGAGAGAUCCAAUGUAUGUGGGUAGCACAAUGUCUUUUGCGGCCAUCUCGCUAUGGUUUGAGUGCCCAGCAGGCUUGCUGAUUACAUUUUAUGUGUACAUUGUGUACGUGAUCGCAUUGCGCUUCGAGGGACCUUUUACGGACAUGAUCUAUAUGCAUGCUGCGCAGAAGAAGUCCGCAAGGAAGCUUGCGUAG